AUGGUAGAUACAAACACUAUUCACGCUACUGCGGAGGACCUGGAGCAUCUCGAUAGCGCGGAUCGUCCUGCCGCACCGUUUCGUACGGAAACCUUCAGAAAGACGCGGCCUACGAUCGCCGGGCCAGAUGAACCAGUGGCCCCAUUUCCUAUCAAACUUGCUGGUCCUGUUCAACAUGGCUUUGGGAGAGGGGGCAAGGAUCUAGGAUGCCCAACCGCGAACCUUCCAGACGAGUCGAUAACACCCAUGAGUCACGUUUGCGAGCAGGGCGUAUACUACGGCUUUGCACAAGUCGACGCGGAAGAUGCCGAGGAUAGUGCGGUCCAUCCUAUGGUAAUGAGCCUCGGAUGGAACCCAUUUUACAAGAACGAGCGGCUAACCGCGGAGAUACACCUCAUGCACGCCUUCAAGUCUGACUUCUACGGACGUAACAUGGAGGCUAUAGUGCUGGGAUACAUCAGGCCGCAGUUAGACUACACAUCGCGAGAGGCUCUUGUUGAUGACAUUCAAACGGAUAUACGGGUGGCUCAAGAAUCCUUGAAGCGGCCUGCAUAUCAGGCGUACUUUAGCGAUUGUUCAUGGUUGCCUAAUGACUCCGCGUAA